AUGUCGGUGACAAAAUAUCACAAACCAAAAUUUGACAACAGAGAUGUUCACACUAAAACAACAUAUUUGAUAAAUAUUUUGGUUUGUGAAUUAGUUUUGGAUAAAAUGUGGAACAAAAAUGAUGUUGUGAUUGCUGCAUCUGCUUGCAUAAUUUUGAGUUUAGAAAUGAAAAGGUCGUCAAAAAGAAGAAAUGGGUUCUCCCUAGUCUUUUGGCAAAGCAGAAAUACACUGGUAAUGAUUUAAUGACUGAUCUUAACAUGAUAACAUUGGUCUUUUUGGAAUAUUGAGGUACGAAUAUAAAAUGUACAAAUUAAAAUAUUAAUUUAUAAAUACAGUUUAUUAUAACUUGAAAAAAAAAAAUUAAAAAUCUGUUUAAAAAAAAUGUACGGGUGAAAAUAUGCACUACAUGUAGGCGAAUAAAGCUAAACUGAAUGAAUAACCAAAAAUGACGUAUUUAUUAAAUAUUUAUCGACAAAAUUUGACUGGUUUGGACGUGCCGAAACAUUGUCGAUGACAAUGUUAAUGAACAUACUAUAAAAAUUACCGCUAUUCUGCUGAUAACAAAAUUUAUUGCGAACAGGUUCCCCGACAAUGUCAUCAACAAUAUUUUAAAAACAUUCUCAUAAGUUUGUCAAUGACAAUAUUUCUUUGGUCUGAACGAAUAUAAAUAUAUGGUCCAGUGGCAAGUUUUAUAGAGCAUGUGAAAAAUUUGUUUCUUCAAUGUAUUAAUUUAGAAAUCUAAAAUUAACUUAUUCUAAGUGUCUCUUUAAAUAUUUAUUAAAACAUUGGAAUUUAUUUAUGUAAAUUAUAACAUUUAUUUCAUAAAUAUUUUCUUUAAAAUAUAACUAAAAAAUGUAGACGUGUAGACAUAUUGUGGUAAAAUUGUAAAGAGUAUUAUAUGAAUAGGUACUCAAUGUAAAAUUACAAAUAACAAUGAUUAGAUAAGUAAUGUAAAAUUGUGAUUACCUGGAAGUAUAGAAAUAUACAGCAAAAGUUAAGAAAAUAAAAUUAUAGACGUGGUUUUAAUUAGUUUAAAAGUAUUAUAAUAAUUAUUAUUAGCAGAGGAAUAUAAAAAUUAGUAACUAAGAUAAAUAUUAAGUUAUUUAUUAUUUUCUAUACCUAACCAAUUAAUUUUUUAAAUUUUUUUUCAAUUUUAGUUAUUACAAAGAUGAUAGAAAUUAUCUAUUUAAUAUUUCAUGAACAUACCUAGGUACCUAUUACAAUAUACAACCAAAAGAAAAAAAUUAUUUUAGUCAUUAGUUUAUUAUGUAUUUAUGUUUGUGACUAUAAUCUUAAAAUAUUACAUACCCAUUAUUAAGUUGAGUGAUAAGAUGUUGGAUCCAUGAUAUUUAUAAGAUAAACUUUGUUGGUACUUGCCACUUGGUAAUGUAUUUCUAAAAUGAAUACAUUUUUAAAUUAUUUAGAUAUAUAUGAAUAAUACUUGUCAAGUGUGCAUAUUUAUAAUAUACAAUUAUAAAAUAUGAAUAGAACUAUAGGUACACACACACACACGCACACACACACACACUAACGUAUAUACAUACACAAAAAAGUUAAAAGGUGUGUGUUUAAACUUGGAAAAAAAAAGUUAAUAUCAUUUAUAGGUAAGUUAUUCUGUUACAUUUAAUAUAGAUAAAUAGUAUAAUGAUUAAUUAAAAACACUAUUUUAACAAUAGUAAUAAUAUUAUAGUUAUUCAUUAAUAUUAUGAAUGUCUAUAGAUACAUAAUGUAAAUUAUUAACUAAAAUCGAUUACUAUAAUUGAAUGCGUCAUUUUGUUGAAAAUUUAUUUUAAUAAGUUUAUUGGAUUUUACCUAUUAUGAUAUUCUACAUACAACGAACAAUAAAUGUUAGCACGUUCGUAUUAGAUUAAUAACAAUAUUAAUUGAUAGCUAUAGCACAACUACACAUAUUUCACAAAUAAUAGAACUAAUAGCAACAUUAAAAUAGUCACAACAUUCUCCUAAUGGGUAUCGCUAAUGGUGAUAAAAUCGAACAGCUGCAACCUAAGAUCAUAUUAUACGAUACAUAAUCUAAGGCUGCGACUUAUUCGGCAAAUCAUUUUCUGCAGUAUGACCAUAUGACUGAACAUAGAAACGAAUAAUGUUAUCACUGUUGCUAUAAAAAUCGUUUCCCGUGUGAGACAAGAUUUACAGAAAAUAAAGGUGGGCUUCAUAGUCAAAUGUAAACACCCCACAGUACCUAAGUAACAUUAUAUUCAGUGACGUCACCAGGUGGUGGCGUCGCUCUGUUGCCGUAUACAGUACAUGCGUUAAUGUGGUAACAGUAGUCUAUUAUGAAAACUACUUAGAUAAUAAACGGCUUUACCAUGAGAAACCAACUUCAAAAUACAGCAAAAAUGGUCUCUGUCAUUUUUCUAAUGGGGCAAUAUUUUUGGUAGAAAAUGUCCGUAAAUAUUUAUAAUAAUGAAAUUGUAAAAUCAUACUUACGUUUUUUCCUGGUUAAUCACUAUUAUUUUGAAUACCGCUAAAAAAUAAAAAAAAUAAUAUACUUAUACAUCGGAGUAAGUUUUUUAAGAGAAAAACUACUUAAAGAAUAAACUCUGAUAAUAUUAAUCAAAAAUAUAGCCAUCGAUUUGUUAUGCAAAACCACGUCGGGUAGGUAACAGAAAAAAGCCAAAAGCGUUAUAGAUAGAAUUAGAGACCCAAUGUGGUCACUCUUCAUGGUUAUUUUCAAUUAAAAUUGUCCGAGUUAGCGCAGCGAAACACUGCGCGUUUGAACAUUUGUAACUCUAAAACAGCCAGAUAGACUUAUUCUUACCCCCAAUAAAAAUCUUUGUUAUCAAAAUAUCAAUAACUACAAGUAGUAAUAAUAAAAAAUGUCUAUUUUUGACCACAUUUUGAAAAUGCUAUUUUUCAAUAUUGUACAAUAUAACUUCACAAGUAAGUUUUUAGUUUUUUUUAAGGAUUAAGUAUUAAAAAACAUAUUUUGUAAAAAAAAAAUGUUUAAAUGUUACAUUCUAAUUAAGAAAUACGCGAAACGGAAAACCCGAACUUCAUGAAAUUUUCUCCUAUAACUUCCAAAUGAAGUUUGUCCGAAUUUCUUUUUAUAUUCUUAAUAUACACAAAAAACAUACAUUUUUAAAACGAAAUCUUAAAAAUCGAUAGGUUACUAAACUAGAAUUAUGCCAACAAAUUAAACCCAAAACAUAAAAAUAGUGAAUGGACGAGGAUAAAACUACCUUUGUUUUUUUGUGGACGUAGUCCCACGGAAAAAUAAGAACAUCUAUAGUAUAUCAUAUAUUGUAUAUAUUUGGUGCAUAGUCUAUGUUAUCAUAAAGUCAAUAAAACCCACAAGAAAGAAAAAAAUGUUGUGCCACUAUCAAACCUUUAGGCAUACACAAGUAAAAGAAAGAGCACAUCCAAUAAAGAUUUUUGCAGUACGUUUUCAGCAGGAACCGUCAGAAAUAACUACUUUUGCCCAGAGAGCGGCUCUUCUGGUAACAAUGUAACGGAACGUCUAAACAGCAACAACAGACUAAAAAAAAAUAAAUUCACUUUAACGGAUAUUUUAUCUGCCUUACUAACAUUACCAAGUCGUUAGUGUCACAUCUAGACUAGAUAGGUUAGAAAGUAACCAAUUUAUGUCUAUUAACUUAAAUCAGAGGAAAAAGAAAUCAACAGCACACGUCAAGUAUUUGUAUUAACGACAAGAACAAAAACCUCACAGUUAGGGCUAUUUAUUGCUUACCUCAAGGAGGCGUAGACGAAAUUAAAUUUAAAGAACUUUUCCAAGAACUAGGAGACCGGUCCAUUGUAGAUGAAGACCAAAGUGAAUUGAAUAUUGAUACAAUCAAUAUACUUUGAUGGAGAUUAUAACACGAAAUACUCUCACUAGGGAUCAAGACUUGUCAGUAACUGACAGUCAGUUAUCCUUAUCACUCAGAAAGGAUGUACUCUCUUAAAAUCAGCUAACGCUAUCAAUGCGACAUCAUUUCUAUCAGGAAGCCAACACAUUGGCCGAAUAAAGUCCCUGAUCUACUUGACUUCUUUGUUAUUAAAGGUAUUUCCUCCAAUUAUAUUAAAGUUGAAGUGCUAAUAGAACUAACGUCUGACUAUAUUCUGUGCUACUUUCUUUUGGCGCAAACGUCAUAAUGAAGGAACGAAAAAUCUUUCUGACAAAUAAAAGAACAGUCAUAACGAUAAAUAUAAUUAUAAUUAUAGUAUUAUAUCAUAUACCUAAUAACUAGUCUAUUAUUACGCUUGGAUGCACAAUUAAAGGCGGUUUAAAAAUGAAAGUGGUUUAAUUUAAGGACACUCGAAUGUGUGGUUUAACGAAAUUAAAUCGGUUUUUUUUUGUACAUGUAAAUGGAACAAUUAAUUUUAUUUUGACAAUAAGUGAUAACAUAAAUCAUAAUACAUAAUCAAAUUUCAUUUUUAUAAAUUACCUACCAAUUUAAUAUUAAAGACUUACAUGUAAACAAGUCAGGCAAUUUAGGUCCACUCAUAAUAAAAUCUGUUUAAGUUAAGAACGGCUUAAUUCUUAUCAUGUAAACGUAUAAUCAUAGAUAAUAUCUUAUAUUCUCUUUGUGUAUAAUAUACAAUUGAUAUCAUGACAUAAUAUUAAAACAAUAAACAUUCUAUUAUCAAAGAAUUCUAUUAUCACGAUCAUAUAUUCAUGAUAGUAAAUCUGUAUUACUAUUGGCGGAUGCCAAUACUGCUAGGGAGCUUUCGUCUUAUUUUGUGUAUGACUCAAUGGACUCGUGUCAGAAAAUAACAGUUUUUUAUCAUCAUAAUUCAUGACACAAAAUCAAAACUAUAAUAUCUACAACUUGUAUAAAAUAAUUUUACUUAACUACAGAAACAUAAUAAAAAUAUUAACUACUAUCUACUUCGUUUUUUAAUUUAUUUUUCUAUGAUAAUUGUAUAAAUAUUAAGUCAAAAUCAAUUAUUUCAAAUACCUACUUAUGAUUUACUACAAACAUAAGACUGAAUUACUGAAAAUGAAUAGUGAAUACUUAUAAUUUUGUACUACGACUUUAGUUUUAUUAUAUAUAAAGUUUAAGUAAAAAUACAGUUCAAAUGAAUAUGAAACAAUAAAAUAAAUGUUUUAUACCAAGUAAUAACAUUUUCCUGUUUGUUGGCCAUGACAUUGUAUUGUGGUACUUUUACCUUUAUUCUGUGUUACUUGUCUGUGUAAUAAUUGAUAGAUAGUUCUGGUUAUUAAAUGUACUUAAAUAUUAUGAGUUAAAUAAAAUGACAAAUUUUAUUUAUAACUACAAGGCUAUAGACAUGUUUAAUAAAAGAAGAACAAUAAUUUAUUUUUGUUUUUUUACAUUAUUAAUUUUUUGGUUUAUUGGAAUUCGUAGUAGAGGUAAAUUUUGAUCUUAUAUUAGUAACACAUUUUUUUUUUUUUUGAAACUACUUUGUAUUUGUAUUUUUUAUUAGAUGCAUCACAGUAUGAAGCUUUAAAACAGUCAUUGGAACAAACCAAAUAUGAAGUAAAGAAAUUACAUUUGAUAAUUGCAUGCUUGUUAUAUUAUUCAUAAUAUAAAUUAUUUGAAGAGAAUGUUACAUCCACUUUACUGUCUGAAUCUAAUGGGCAACAUUAAAUAAUUGUGUUACCUAUUUAAACAUUAUAAUGUUUAGAUUGAAAUUAAGUUUAAACAAAUGACAAAAUUUAAAGAGGAUUUUAAGGGCAUUUUUAAAAAAUUACUAACAUAGCCAUACAUUUUUUGUUUGAUAAUAUUUUUUAAGAAAAUAAUGAAAUCUUUUUAAAUUGUGUUACCUAUCUUUAAUUUCAACUAUAAUAUCACUAUUUAUGUUCUAAGUAACAUAUUUUUACUAGUUUGCCCUUUAAUUAAACUUAAACAGUAAAUGCAGUGAUGGCCUCCUCUUUAGGUUAUUUUAUAAGAUGUUUAAAUAACAAGAUAAAACAUAUCUUUUUAUGUUAUUUUGAAUGUAAAAUAGAAACAUCAAUUAUAACUAGUAAUGAAAGUUCUUAUAAUAUUGUAAUUGGUAUUUAAAUUUGCCUAUACAUAAUUAUUGGUAUUUGGUAGUUAUAUUUAAACUAAAUAUACUUUUAAGUACUUAUAUAUAAAUUACAAACAUGUUAUGUUUAUAGUAUAUAGGUACAUACAAUCUUUGUACUGUUUUUCUAUAGGUAAUUGCUAAAAAUUAAAUAUAUUUAUCCAUUCAAAUAAAUGAUUAAGAAUAGUUAUAUGUGUACCUAUCCUUAAUCUCGUUCAAACCUAUUUAAGAAAUUACUAAUUGAAUAAAUACAAAACAAAUUUAAAACUGACUUGGAUAAAAAUGAACAAAACUGUAUUUUUAUUAGAAAAUUUACAAAAUGCUUUAUUACUUGACUUAAUUUUCAACAAAUAAUAAUUUAUAUAGGUAUUUUGUUUAAUUAUCUAAAUACUUAUAAUUUAAUUAAGACUUGUGUUAUUUAGAAUAUAAUAUGGUAGGUACCUAACUGUUAACAAGUUUGUUAAUAUAUUGUUUUAGAUUUAGUUAUGUAUUAUAUAAAUUAUUAAUGUAUUAUAUUUGUUAUGUUUUUUUAUAGCUGACUAAAAUAUUUGAUUUCAGUUAAAGAUAAAAUCUCAAAAUUACAAUAUUUUAAAAGAAAGAUUUGAAAGUAUAUGUGAUAAAUGGCAACCAAACAAUCCAAUUAUUUAUGCAAUAACACCUACCUACAAAAGACCUGUACAACGAGCAGAAUUAACAAGGUACCAAUAUACAAAGUAUAAACUUAAAAAUAAUAAAGGAUUAUAUGUAUCAUAUUUCUAAAAUUGUAGACUGUCCAACACUUUUCGUCUUGUAAAUAAUUUUCAUUGGAUUAUUGUUGAAGACUCUGAAACAAAAACAUUACUUGUAGCCAAUUUGCUUUUAAAAAGUCAUUUAAAUUAUACACACUUAGCUAUAGGAACACCAAAUGAAUGGAAGAGAAAACUAAAAGUACCUAUACAAUUACUUUCAGUUUACUAAUUAAAAAAAAAAUGUUGUAAAUAAAUUGUACAUUUUACUUAGGAACCUAAGUGGAAGAAACCAAGAGGAGUUAAACAAAGAAAUAAAGCAUUAGAAUGGUUAAGAACUAAUCGAGCUAAUGAUUCAAAUGGAGGAAUUAUUUAUUUUGCUGAUGAUGAUAAUACAUAUAGUGUAGAUUUAUUUAAUGAAGUAAGUUAAUAUUAUGUUUUUAAAUUAACUAAUCAUAUCAAAAACAAUAUAAGACACUUUUUUAAUAUAAUAUAUUAAAAAUCUAAAAUUUCUUUUGUGUAAAUGUACUAUAUUUUCAUCAUAAAAACAUUUAAAUAUUUUGUCUUGUGUAUAGAAAUUGUAAUAUUUUAAAUUAAUUUUGAAAAUAAUUGAUUUAUGAUUAUGUUCAAUUUAUAUACAUAUUUUGUAUUUUUUUUUUUAAUUUUAUUAAUAACAUUUUUGCUUAUGAUUUCUGUUCUUUUUUAAUUUGAUUAGUAUUACUAUGUAAUUUUUACAUAGAUGCGAAAAAUAAAGGGCGUUGGUGUAUGGCCAGUCGGUCUUGUUGGUGGUCUUUUAGUGGAAAAACCAUUGGUAAAUAGUAAAGGUAAAGUCAGUGGUUGGAACAGUGCAUGGAGACCAGAGCGACCAUUUCCUAUUGAUAUGGCAGGUUUUGCCAUUAAUUUAAAAGUGUUACAUAAUCAUCCCAAUGCUGCAUUUUCCUGGGACGUUAGUCGUGGCUACCAAGAAAGUGCAAUACUUUCACAGGUGACCACUAUAGAAGAACUGGAACCAAUGGCAAAUAAUUGUACUAAAGUAUGUUUUUACUAAAUGUACAUAUUGUAUUUUCUGUAUUCACAUAUCAAAUUAACUGUAAUUUAUAAUUUAAGGUGUAUGUAUGGCAUACAAGAACAGAAGAACCCAUAUUAAAAGCAGAAGAAAUAUUAAAAAAUCGUGGACUUCGGUCUGACAUGAAUAUUGAAGUUUAA